AUGGCUGCCUCAGAAAGAUCACCGCCGUUUCUUGCGGCUAUUGAUCUAUCCGGCUAUACUGGGCUGUCCCAGAUCGAAAGCUCCAAGGAACUGGCCUACGCCGGCGGCAUCGCAGCCAAUGUCACUCCCGCCAACAUCGAUACAGCGUUCACUCUGCUCAAAGACACCGUCGCAAGAUAUUGGACCUACCUCGACGUCUCUAGCAUCGAGUCGCAGCAAGAUGUCAUUGAUCUGCUGGACGCGGGCGCCGCCAAAGUAUUCGUGAGCAGUCAGCAAGCCGCUUCUCUGAAGAACGUCCCUGGAUUAGAUCAGGGUCGUAUAGUCUACCACCCUACUGCUUCAGUCGGCGAUGCAGAACACGCGCUCGAGGGAACUACAUUUGGUCUCUUCUUGCACAAGGUCAACAGCAUCCACGCUGUCAGUGUCAUUCUGCAGCAACUGGGAAAGAACCGACCUCCGGUCUUUGCAACGAAGGACGAUAUCACUGAGCAAGAAGCGGUAGAACUCUGCCAACAGGAUGCUGUACCUAUAAUACCUGCCGAACGGCUCACAGUGGAAGCUCAGCCAGAGCCAGGACAAAUCCGAAUCGCAUCUCUUCUCCUCGCCAACACCAAGAGCGAUCGACCGGACGGACUGUUUACAACGCUUGUGACAGAUGAGCGAGGUGUUGCGUUGGGCCUUGUGUACAGCAAUGAAGAGAGUGUUGCAGAGAGUUUAAGAUGUGGCAGAGGCGUAUACCACAGCAGAAAGAGAGGGUUGUGGAGGAAGGGAGAUACAAGCGGAGACUGGCAGCAGCUGGUGCGAAUAGAGGCAGACUGUGAUCAAGACUGUCUCUGCUUCAUUGUCAGACAACAAGGUCAUGGCUUCUGUCACCUGCAAACGGCGACAUGCUUCGGCCAGUACAGAGGACUGUCCAAGCUGCAGAAGACUUUGCAAAGUCGGAAACGCUCUGCUCCUGAAGGCUCCUACACGGCACGCUUGUUCAAUGAUCCGAAGAUGUUGAAUGCCAAGGUCAUGGAGGAGGCGGCUGAGCUGUGCGAGGCCGAGUCCAAGGAGGACAUCGCGGCAGAAGCCGCAGAUGUGCUCUACUUUGCUCUUACCAAGGCUACGGCCGCCGGCGUUUCCCUCGAAGAUAUUGAGCGAAAUCUCGAUGCCAAGAGUGUAAAGGUCAAGCGAAGGAAAGGAGACGCCAAAGGCCCGUACGCUGAGAAGUUUGGCGUCAACGGCGGAUCCAAUGGCGUCACCAAGGAAGAGAUCAAGGAGGCAGAAUCAAAACCCAAGAGUAAAGAUGACCCUGCUGGCUUGAACAAGGACGGCCGAAUCCAGAUGCAUCGAUAUAUUACCGCCGAAGAGGAUCCAGCAACGAUUCAGGAGGCCCUCAAACGGCCCUCGCAACGCUCAACCGAGAAGAUUAUGGGCAUUGUAAAUCCAAUCAUCAAAGACAUCCGGGAGCGAGGAGAUCAGGCUCUGCUGGAGUAUACCCACAAGUUCGAGAAGGCCACCUCGCUCACGUCCCCGGUCCUCAAGGCGCCUUUCCCUGCCAGUUUGAUGCAGCUUCCCCAAGAGACCAUCGAAGCCAUCGAUAUUUCAUUCGAGAACAUUCGCAAGUUCCAUGCUGCGCAGAAAGAAGAGAAGCCUCUCGAGGUAGAGACGAUGCCUGGUGUUGUUUGCUCUCGUUUUGUUCGACCAAUCGAGAGUGUAGGAUUGUACGUACCAGGCGGCACAGCAGUGCUCCCGUCAACGGCAAUGAUGCUUGGAGUCCCUGCUAUGGUUGCUGGAUGCAAGAACAUAGUCAUUGCGUCACCACCUCGCUCGGAUGGACGAUUGACACCGGAGAUCGUUUACGUAGCCCACAAAGUCGGAGCCGAAAGCAUUGUUCUCGCCGGUGGUGGACAGGCUAUUGCUGCAAUGGCAUACGGCACCGAAAACGUCAGCAAAGUAGACAAGAUCCUCGGUCCCGGCAAUCAAUUCGUCACUGCAGCGAAGAUGAUUGUGAGUAACGAUACGUCUGCUAAUGUCAGCAUUGAUAUGCCUGCCGGGCCAUCAGAAGUGUUGGUCAUUGCCGACAAGACGGCAAAUCCGGCGUUUGUUGCAUCCGACCUACUGUCACAAGCAGAACACGGCGUUGACUCUCAGGUCGUAUGCAUCGCGGUUGAUCUGAACGAUGCGCAGUUGCAGGCUAUCGACGACGAACUUCACAAGCAAGCUAUGGCUUUGCCUCGAGUCGACAUGGUCAGGGGCGCCAUCGAGCACUCCGUUACCCUCGUAGUCAAGGACAUUGAGGAAGCGAUGCGUUUGAGUAACCAGUAUGCCCCCGAGCACUUGAUCCUGCAAGUGGCAGAUCCGGUUGGUGUCCGCGAGAUGGUGCAGAAUGCUGGCUCAGUCUUCCUGGGCGAAUGGACACCAGAGAGUGUCGGAGACUAUUCCGCUGGAGUGAAUCACAGCCUGCCAACCUACGGCUAUGCUAAGCAAUACUCUGGUGUCAACCUAGCCUCAUACGUGAAGCACAUCACCAGCUCCAACUUGACAGCUGAAGGCUUGAAGAAUGUCGGCACUGCCGUGAUGCGUUUGGCAGCAGUCGAAGAGUUGCACGCCCACGAACGUGCCGUGCGUAUUCGACUUGAUCACAUGGCCAAGACCAGCGCAGCAUCUUGA